AUGUGGCGCCUGCCCUCGACGCGCCUCUCGACGCUGGCCCUGCGUGCGCCAAUCGCGCGCCGCCACAUGGCCACGAAGACGCGCAUCCUCGUGACGGACCCGAUCGACGCGCAGGGCAUCGAUGCGCUGCGGGCGAAAGGCUACAACGUCGACGUCGGCAGCUUCGCGCCGGCCGAGCUCGUGGCCGCGAUCCCGAGCUACCAUGGCCUCAUCGUGCGCUCCAACACGCGCGUGACCAAGGACGUCAUCGAGGCCGGCAAGCAGCUGCGCGUCGUGGCGCGCGCGGGCACGGGCAUCGACAACAUCGACCUCGUCGCGGCCACGAAGGCGAGCAUCCUCGUCAUGAACACGCCGUGCGGCAACACGAUCGCAGCGACAGAGCUCACGAUGGGCCUCCUCACGUCGCUCGCGCAGCAGCACUCGAUCUCGGGCGUGCACGGCAAGACGAUCGGCCUCAUUGGCCUCGGCCGCGUCGGCGAGCAGGUCGCGAAGCGCUGCCUCGCCUUUGGCAUGAACGUGCUCGCGUACGACCCGCUCCUCUCGGACAAGGCCGCGGCGCGACUGGACAUCGAGCCCGCAACGCUCCACGACGUCUGCGCGCGCAGCGACUUUAUCUCGCUCCACUGCCCGCUCACGGCCGGCACGCGCGGCCUCUUGAGCAAGGACCGCCUCGCGCGCUGCAAGGACGGUGUCUACAUCCUCAACACGUCGCGCAGCGGCCUCAUGGACCUCGAUGCGGCGCUCGACGGCUUGGAGAGCGGGAAGAUCCAGGGCCUCGGCCUCGACGUGGUGCCGACGACGAACCACGCGAUCUUCCAGCACAAGAACGUGCUGUGCACGCCGCACAUUGGCGCCUGCACGAAGGAGGCCCAGGCGCGCGUCUCGCUGGCGGUCUCGACGCAACUGGACGCGGCGCUGCGCGGCCAAGCGUACAGUAACAUUGUGAACGCGCCGAACCUCGACUUGCAGCAGCACUGCAUCCGCCCGCCCUACGCUCUCCUCGCCGAGAAGCUCGGGAGCCUCCAGGCGCAGCUGCUCGGGACGGAGAAGAUCGCGACCGUCCGCGUCACGGCCCACGGCAAGGAGGUGUUUGCGAUCCCGCCCAACGUGCUCCGCGCGUCCGUGUGCAUGGGCCUUGGCCGCCACCUGCUCGAGCAAGAGGUGACGGCCGAGAACGCGCUGGACAUUGUGCACGCCCGGGGUAUCUCGACCGACGAGCAUGCGCAAGAAGAUAUGUUUGAGAAGGAAUUGCACUACAACAACGUCGUGACGGUCACGUGUCACUUGGACGACGGCACGACGCGGACGGUGACGGGCACGGUGUUUGGCGCCAACCAGCUCCGGCUCGUGCAGUACAACGCGCUGAGCUUGGACGCGAUUUUGAGCGGCAGCAUGGUCUUCUUCACCAACAACGACAAGCCCGGCGUGCUGCACGCGGUCACGUCCGUCCUCGCGAAACACCACGUCAACAUUGGUUGCUUUGGCCUCGGGCGCACCGACAACCACGCCGUCGGGGUCCUGAACGUCGAUGACGCGCCGUCGUCGCAGGUGCUCGACGAGCUCGCGCAACUGGACGCGCUCGGCAACGUCCGGCUCGUCAAUCUGCUCGACAUGCCGCUCUCGCUCCCGUCGCCGCUCAACGUGCCUGCGAUCAAGCCCAAGUCGAUGCAGUUUGGCUCGGGGCCGUGCAAGAAGCGGGCUGGCUACAGUUUCUCGGCGCUACCGACGCGGACGCUCGGCCGGUCGCACCGGUCGACGAUCGGCAAGCACGUGCUCGCCGACGCGAUCGCCAAAACCCGCGCCGUGCUCCAGCUGCCCGACGACUAUGUGUGCGGCAUCGUGCCGGCGUCCGACACGGGCGCGUUCGAGAUGGCCAUGUGGAACCUCCUCGGGCCCAAGCCGGUCGCCAUGUGCUACUGGGACGCCUUUGGGAAGGGCUGGCACCACGACGCGAUCAACGAGCUCCAGCUCGAGAACGUGGCGACCUUCUCAGCGCCGUACGGCGAGCUUCCCGACUUGGCCUCCGUGCCCAUGGACCACGACGUUUGCUUUACAUGGAACGGGACGACGAGCGGCGUCUGCGUGCCCGACGGCGACUGGAUCGCCGACGACCGGACCGGCCUCGUCUUCAACGACGCGACGUCGGCGGCCUUUGCGAUGGAGAUGCCGUGGCCCAAGAUCGACGUGUGCACGUUCAGCUGGCAAAAGGUGCUCGGCGGCGAGGGCGGCCACGGCAUGCUCGUGCUCAGCCCGCGCGCGCUCGAGCGCUUGGCGUCGUUUACGCCGACGAACCGCCCGAUGCCCAAGAUCUUCCGGCUCAAGAACAGCAAGGGCGAGGUGGGCAUGGACCUCUUCAAGGGCAGCACGAUCAACACGCCCUCGAUGCUCUGCGUCGAAGACUACAUUGAUGCGCUCGACUGGGCCGCGGCCCAAGGCGGCGUCGCGGGCCUUAGCGCCAAGGCCUCCAAGAACCUCAACGUCAUCGAACAGUUUGUGGAAGCCAACGCCGACUGGAUCCAGUUCCUCGCCAAGGACAAGGCGACGCGCUCCAAGACGUCCGUGUGUCUCCAGCUGCCCAAGGCGUCCAAGGCGCAGCUCAAGCAGCUCCAGACGAUCCUCGAGGUGAACGACGUCGCGGUGGACAUUGGCUCGUACAAGGACGCUCCGCCGGGCCUGCGUAUCUGGUGCGGCGCCACCGUCGAGACGGAAGACCUCGAAGCGCUCAUGCCGUGGAUCGAGUACGCGUACCACCAAGUCGUCGACGAGCCGAGUGCAUAAUCCUGUCGUUUAACCUUAACCACGUCUUGCACGUUCUGUCUCUGGCUCCGAUUUGUUCAAAGGCAAUCUAUAGUAGGCGUAUGACAAUAUGAA